UCAUAAAAAAGUGGCAAGGUGAGACGCAGGAAUUUUGUCCCAAUGCCAAAGUGGUGCUGGUGGGCUGUAAGCUGGACAUGAGGACAGAUGUCAGCACCCUGAGGGAACUCUCUAAGCAGCGCCUCAUCCCUGUCACCCACGAGCAGGGAAGCACGAUAGCUCGACAGAUAGGGGCGGUGGCCUACGUAGAGUGCACCUCCAAGGUUUCAGAGAACAGCGUUCGGGACGUGUUCCAUGUUACCACAGUGGCGUCGGUCCGGCAGCCAAACAAGCCUCAGCUAAAACGCAGCAGUUCCCGCAGAGGCCUGAAGCGAGUGUCACAGCUCCCGUUGCCUCCCCUGCCGGGUCGGACUGAGCAAAUGGACCAGGCCCCGGCCAUGAGGAAGGACCGGGCCAAGAGCUGUGUGCUCAUGUAGAGACCUGUUGUUAUAAAUAUAUAUAUAUAUAUAUAUAUAUAUAUAUAUAUGUAUUUAUGUAUAUACAUAUAUAAAUAUAUAAACAGAGGAAGUCU